CUUUCAAUGAUAGAAUUUAAUUUAGUGUUUCACUUCAUUCCACUAGCAGGCAUCCGGCUAUCAUCGUGCGGUUACAACUAGUGCUCCUACAGAGCUACUAAGCAGCAGUGUGUAUAACCACCACCACCACCACCACCGGAAGGAAUUUCAAUAAAAACUUUUCACUCGCUCGGUUAGGCUUGAAAAUGUCCGCAAAACUAUUCCUACUGAUGGUUGUGGCAACAGCUGUUCUGAUGGUCUCAACGAUAACACCCGUCGAAGCUCAAUCGCCCGGUGCAGCUCCAACGUUUGAGGAUUUAGUUAAUGAAAGGGUAGCUAAAACGGAGCAGGUUUUGAACUUGAUGAUUGCCGGAUCAACCGCUCCUCAGGAGGUGAGGGAUGCGGUGCUUGCUAAUGCCCAGGAGGAACUGGCCAGCUGCGUCCAGCAGGCCUCGAUGAUUGGAAACCAGGGACAGUUCUAUGCCUGCACAGGUUGGGUGCUCAGGAAUGCCGGUAUGGCACUGAACGGAAGUGCAUCUUCUGGUGCCAGCUCGGUUAACUGAAUGUGGAUUGGAAGGUUGUGGUGUUCUGAUAUGUGAUAAAUAUUAGUUUUUUGAACAAAUGUCACUUUUAAAAUCAA